AUGGUACGGAACUUGAGACAACUCUAUCUCCCGUGGCGGCCGCGAAGCACUAGCCGGGGAGGCCCCCGCCCUCCCUCGCCCCGGGGCGCGGGCACAAAGGGCCCGCCGGCCACGACCGCGGCGGCCUCGGAGGCCGCCUCGCGCCCCCAUCCGUCCGCCUCCGGGGACCCUCCAGCGGCGGCCAAGCCGCUGCUUCGCUGGGACGAGGUGCCCGACGACUUUGUGGAGUGCUUCAUCCUGUCGGGCUACCGGCGGCUGCCGUGCACGGCGCAGGAGUGCCUGGCCUCGGUGCUGAAGCCGACCAACGAGACGCUCAACUUCUGGACGCACUUCAUCCCGCUCCUGCUGUUCCUGAGCAAGUUCUGCCGCCUGUUCUUCCUGAGCGGCCGCGACGUGCCCUUCCACCACCCGUGGCUGCUGCCGCUGUGGUGCUACGCGUCGGGGGUGCUGCUGACCUUCGCCAUGAGCUGCACGGCGCACGUGUUCAGCUGCCUGUCGCUGCGCCUGCGCGCCGCCUUCUUCUACCUGGACUACGCGUCCAUCAGCUACUACGGCUUCGGCAGCACGGUGGCCUACUACUACUACCUGCUGCCGGGCCUGAGCUUGUUGGACGCCAGAGUGAUGACCCCGUACGUGCAGCAGAGCCUGGGUUGGCACGUGGACUGCACGGGCCUCAUCGCCGCCUACCGCGCGCUCGUGCUGCCCGUGGCCUUCGUGCUGGCCGUGGCCUGCACCGUGGCCUGCUGCAAGAGCCGCACCGACUGGUGCUCUUACCCGUUCGCGCUGCGCACCUUCGUCUUCAUCAUGCCGCUCAGCAUGGCCUGCCCCAUCAUGCUCGAGAGCUGGCUUUUUGAUCUGCGCGGCGAGAACCCCACGCUCUUCGUGCACUUCUACCGCCGCUACUUCUGGCUGGUGGUGGCCGCCUUCUUCAAUGUGAGCAAGAUCCCCGAGCGCAUCCAGCCAGGCCUCUUUGACAUCAUCGGCCACAGCCACCAGCUCUUCCACAUCUUCACUUUCCUUAGCAUCUACGACCAGGUGUACUACGUGGAGGAGGGCCUACGCCAAUUCCUCAAGGCGCCGCCGGCCGCGCCCACCUUCUCGGGCACCGUGGGCUACAUGCUGCUCCUGGUCCUCUGUCUGGGGCUGGUCAUCAAGAAGUUCCUAAACAGCUCCGAAUUCUGCAGUAAAAAGUGAGCCUCCGCCUCGGAGGAGGCUGCUGGUUCGCCCACCUGUUUGUCUGGAGUUGCUGUUGUUGCUGUUGGUUUGUUUUCAAGUUUUGUUAUGUUUCCUUCUUUGCUCGAGGAGGGUGCUGCAAAACCAUAGGGGAAAAGUCCAAUGAGACCCCCACAACUAAGGGGGUCUCAGUGCACUUGGGGCUUUGGAAGAGGGAGGUGGGUCUCGCAGGAGGGAGAGAGCCACUGUUUCUUGCCCCUGGAAAAAAUUCAGGUAGAGCCUGUGACAUCCAGGGAUUUUUCAAAGGCAGCGAAUAUAAUCCCAAAUAAAACCCCAAACCAGUUCCAUUUUCCAGUCAUCUUCUGUGCCAGUGGUAAUAGCAAGCAGCUCUUGUGAGGUCAGGUAUGCAGUAAAGAGGGUAAGUAGACAAAGUCCCUGAGUACUUCCAUUUCGUCUUAGGAAUACUUGGAUUUGUCAAAAGAAUGGAGCUUUGUAGGAAAUGGGCACAAAGACACAAACCCAGGGCUUAACCUGCUAGAAAAUGCAUGGAAUGUGAACACAAGUUAAUUAUUUCAAAAUGUUUCUCAGAUGUUAUUUAAAUAGUAAUAUAUACAAUGAUUUUUCAUAAUUUAUCAAAGCCUGUGAUAAUGCACUGAAUUUUCUUUGUCACGUAGUUUUGAAUUUUGCAGCCUUUCUGCAUUGCAUACACUUGAACUGGACAUCAGGGCAAGCUGCUUGAGGGUUCUCAACUACUUUUUUAAACAGUGUUUUCUGAAGGCCUAUGUGUGUCAUGAUACAACUGUGAAUUAUUCUACCUUAGGGACUCUGGAGAAACUUGGUGAGGAGCUCAGUGGUUUGUAUAGAUCCCAGAUUCCUAUUUACUUUAAUGUAUUCCAUCUUAUUAUUUUUUUGUUUGGGUUUUAAUCUUAUUCUCUCCUUCUCUACUUAUUUAAAUUGCCACUGGAAUAAAUGUGCCUUUUGAAGCA